AUGUGGUUUAUAUUAAUAUUCGUUUUCUUUGUACCUGUUAUUUGUGAGUAUGACAAAGAAUCAUCGACAAACUCAGUUAAUUCAAAUCAUUUUAAAUCAACCUUCCAUAUAUUGAAUAACACAUUAUUUAAUGAGGAACUCACAAAAGAUUUACCACCGACUAUGGUAGAUUUUAUAAUGGCUUUUAAAGAUCCAAAAUCAGAUCAAUUACCAUUAUAUCUUCGACGAAAUGAUCAUAAUGAAGAAAUAGUUACUGCUUAUGAUUUCAUUAUAGAUCUUACACGACCUACUGAUAUUUUUCAAGGUCUUAAAGCAUAUCCACUAAUAUUUCCUAGAGGUAAAGAAGUAUAUGAUAAUAAAAUAAAUGAUCAACAAAGUCAAAGUAGAUUUAUGGUUAAUGUAGUAGGACGUUAUAAUGUGGGAAAAACUUAUGUAUUAAAACUUUUAGCAAAUAUGAAUUUAGGACAUUCAUUUACUGAACGAACAAAUGGUAUUAGUGUAGCAUUACCUUCAUCAGCAGUUACUCAUAAUGCACCAAUGGCUUUAAUUGACACAGCUGGUACACGUACUCCAGUUAUAUUUGAUAAUAAUGAUUUUCAUUAUCGAUCAUAUGAACGUCAAGUUAGUGAUUCAUUUAUACAAGAAAUAGCUUUUAAUUCAGCAGAUAUUUUUGUAUUAGUUGUUAAUCAAUUAACACUUGAUGAUCAACUUUAUUUAAAAGCACUUUAUAAACGAUUACAUGAUAAAGGCUUAAGACCAAAUGAUAUAAAACAACAAUUGUUAAUUGUUCAUAAUUAUUUUAAUUUGCAUUUAAUAUCUGAAAUUGAACAAGUGGAAAAAAGUGAACUGAUUGGAAUGUUUAAUGCCAAAAAGCAACCACAAGGUUUUUGGUUAAGCAAAGAUUUUAAACAUUUUAUUUUAGCCAAUAGUAAUGGUGAAGCUGGAAAAAAAUAUAAUGAUCGAACAAUUGAACAAUUACAAAUAAUGAUCAAAGGAUCACAUACAGGAUUAGAAAAAGAUGUUUUAAAAAAAAUAAUAAAAGAAACUGAAAAACUUCUAAGUAAAUUUCUUGUUGAUCAAACAUCAAAUUCUAAUACACAUGAUGAAAAUAUCAAUUCAAAUAUUUUUCAACGUACAUCAAAUUUUAUUCUUCGAUUAUUUUAUGAUCCAAAAAAUACAAAAGAAAAUUUAAAAAUAGAAAAUAAACAUAAAAUUAAUAUUCAAUUAGAUAUAGAAAAAUGGGAAUCAGAUGUUGAUCAUAAAGUUCCUCUAUGGUUUAUUUGUUCACAAGAACCACUUUCUGAAAAUAUAGUUUUAUCAAAAAAUUUAAAAUUUAAUGAAGAUGGUUCAGUUUAUAUUGAUUAUUCAUCAGAUUUUAUACCUGAUCUUCAUGUUGCACAAUUAAACGAACAAGGUGAUAUUCAAAUACGUAUUGAAUGUCCAUCUUGUUCUCCAAAAUAUAAAAUUCAAGUUCGAGGAAGUUCAUUAUUUAUUAGUAAUGAAAAACCUAUGGAAUCAAUGAUAAAAGAUUAUUUAAAUACACGUCGUGCGGGUAAAUUUGAGUUAGAAGUACCUGUUGGAAACUUUGAAAAAGAUCGAACAUUUGAUUAUAAAUCGAUUACCACAGAUUUUAAAGAUGGUGUGAUGACAAUUACUGUACCAGUUAUGGAAGAUAUUACAGUCAUUAACACAGAGCUUUAG